GCCUUCUCCGUCGUGAGGAGGUGCAUGAAGAUCACCACCGGGCAAGAGUACGCCGCCAAAAUCAUCAACACCAAAAAGCUCUCGGCUAGGGAUCACCAGAAACUGGAAAGAGAAGCUAGAAUCUGUCGCCUCUUGAAGCAUCCCAAUAUUGUGCGGCUUCAUGACAGCAUAUCAGAAGAAGGAUUCCAUUACUUAGUCUUUGACUUAGUCACUGGAGGUGAAUUGUUUGAAGAUAUAGUUGCAAGGGAAUAUUAUAGUGAAGCAGAUGCCAGUCAUUGUAUACAGCAGAUUCUAGAAAGUGUUAAUCAUUGUCAUCUAAAUGGCAUAGUUCACAGAGACCUGAAGCCUGAGAACUUACUUUUAGCUAGCAAAUCCAAGGGGGCAGCAGUAAAACUGGCGGACUUUGGAUUGGCUAUAGAAGUCCAAGGAGAACAACAGGCUUGGUUUGGCUUUGCUGGUACUCCAGGAUACCUUUCUCCAGAGGUGUUACGAAAAGAUCCUUAUGGAAAGCCUGUGGAUAUGUGGGCAUGUGGUGUCAUUCUGUAUAUCCUCCUGGUGGGUUAUCCUCCUUUCUGGGACGAAGAUCAGCACCGGCUUUACCAGCAGAUCAAGGCUGGUGCUUAUGAUUUUCCCUCACCAGAAUGGGAUACAGUGACUCCUGAAGCAAAAGACCUUAUCAAUAAAAUGCUUACCAUCAAUCCAGCAAAACGUAUCACAGCAUCAGAAGCACUAAAGCAUCCAUGGAUCUGUCAACGUUCUACUGUUGCCUCUAUGAUGCACAGACAAGAGACUGUAGAUUGCUUGAAGAAAUUCAAUGCAAGAAGAAAACUAAAGGGGGCCAUUUUGACAACUAUGCUGGCUACCAGAAAUUUCUCAGCAGCCAAGAGUUUACUGAAAAAGCCGGAUGGAGUUAAGGAAUCAACAGAGAGUUCCAAUACAACCAUUGAAGAUGAGGAUGUGAAAGCUCGUAAGCAAGAGAUUAUCAAGGUCACUGAGCAGUUGAUUGAAGCUAUCAACAAUGGGGACUUUGAAGCUUACACAAAAAUCUGUGAUCCAGGCCUGACAUCUUUUGAACCUGAAGCUUUGGGUAAUCUGGUAGAAGGGAUGGACUUUCACCGGUUUUACUUUGAAAAUGCUUUAUCCAAAAGUAAUAAGCCAAUCCACACCAUUAUCCUCAAUCCUCACGUCCACCUUGUGGGUGAUGAUGCUGCUUGCAUUGCGUAUAUACGGCUCACACAGUACAUGGAUGGAAGUGGAAUGCCAAAGACUAUGCAGUCAGAGGAAACGCGGGUCUGGCACCGUCGUGAUGGGAAGUGGCAGAAUGUUCAUUUUCACCGUUCAGGGUCACCAACAGUACCUAUCAAUGCCUAGCACAGCGGGAUCCCAGUCAUGACUUCGGCCCCUAGAUGCUACGCUAAAAAUAUCAGCGGUGCCGCUCUUGCAUUUUUCUGUACCCAACGCACCUGGUUGAUUACCAUCUUGGCCAUCCCGUUCUCUUCAUGCAUGUUUCUGAGUGCAUGAAGUUGUGAAGGUUCUUCAUGUAACACAUUUGUGAUGCACCAUAUUGCUGUAUAUUCCAUCUGUUAACAUUUCAAUGAAGGUGACGUUCCAUGCAAAUAGAGAAUAACAAGGCAUAAAAGAUGAAAAAAAGUAUUUGGUAGACAGCAGUAGAUACAGAAUACAUUUGUCACUUUCUCCAUUUAUGCCAGGUUUUGACAGACAACUUUAAAAACUAUCCUGUUUAUUAAAAAAAUAUAUAUAUAAAAAAAGUACAGUUUACCCUCUUUUUUUAAGAACUGUUUUUUGACUUCUCCUUUGCCCCUGAGUCCCAGGAUUUUGCUUUAGUUCUGGCAGGAAUGGUUAGGAUUUCCGCUGGCAGCUCCGAUACUGUAAAACAGAUUUUUAUUACAGCGUGUAGAUGGACGAAAUCAUUGAUAAAUGUGGAAGUGAUAAUACCUUGGCUUUGUACCAGCUGAAGCCUUUCUGGUUUAUUAGUCUCUGUAAACUGGAAAAAUCUCAUCAUUUGCUGGUUUGGUCACUUCAGAUUUAGCUGUCAAUCUUCUGGUGAACCAGCAGCUUCUUUUUUUCUUUUGAGUCUUUACCUUUGCUUUCUUACUAUGCUAUCCAAUUUCUAUUGGAUGAUUAAGCAAAAUUAAAAAUUUUAAGGAACUAAGUGAUGAUUGAGGGGCAGUUUUUGAGGACUAAAAUGGAAGAGAGAAAGAUUUUUAUCACUUUUAGGGUGUACUGUAAAUUUUUUAAGGAGGCUUUAAAAAAAUACAAAUUUCUGGUUAAGCUGUAAACCAGUUGUGUGGUUAAUAUACUCGAGAAAUAUUAGGCCUUAAAAGCUUAGUAUGAAGAGUUUACUUAUUUUACACUGCUGCUGUUGCUUCUCUGGAAAUGUGUUACGCAUGUAACACCAGUUUUCUAAUGAGACUCUUAACGCUUUACUACAGAUUUGUUUCCCCCCCCUCUUCCCCUUCAGUCUGCUCUUGGUUUCUUAAAAACCUCGUGCAGCGUACAGUGUCAAGGACAGCCACCUUUGCAGCAUUACCAACUUGCUUUGGCCACUGAUGACUUGCUGCAGACACCUGUACGUGGAGCGGGGAGUGCUCUCAGUGUCAGUUCAGAACACAGACUUUGUAACAGGGACUAUUUUUGCUUCCCUUAUGUUGCUGUGAAAGUACAUCUUGCAAGCAUUUAGGUUUGUUCCCUUCCAUUUUUAAUAGAAAAAUACAGGGAUCGGUUUUUUUCUUUUUUUCAUGUGUUAAUUGUUCUGUUACCAGCAGGGCUAACUGUUUUCUGCAGCGCUGUAUAGUGCAUGAUAUCUCAAUCCAUGUCCUUUUUAGAGGUUAAAAAUUUGCAACUCGGCAGCCUGAAGUUUUUAAAAUAGGAAAGCUUCCUAAUUUGUAUCAUUUCACCUUUCUGUGUUGAUGAUAAUCAAAAGCAGUUCUUAAACAUUUUGAUGUUGUUACUAGUGGAUGUAUGGUAGAUGGAUUUAAGCUUCUCUGAUAAUUACUACAUGAUUUUAAACAAUAUAUAUUUAAAACAAGCAUCUACAAUAAAUGUGUUGAGCCA